AUGCGCCUACUGGCCAACCACCUUGGUCCUGGCCUUGGAUUCCAGCGACAUUUCCACUCCUUGAGCGAUGUAGUGGAGCGCUUGCAGAAGUUGGAGCGGCCUUUACAGCGCCAGGAAGUGAUGGUGGCAUUGACUUCACACCUUCAGCCCCAGAGGAGGUCAAGGAAGCCCAUCACGGCGGUCCUGCAGGAGCUUAAGAGGCUGCAGCAGAGUGAUCUGAUUGUUGAGAUGCUCCUUGCGCUUGCAGCAGACGGCUCUUUCAAGUUGAACGUCUUCGACUUCAACACCGCCAUCAGUGCGUGUGCAAGGGCCCGGCACUGGGAGAAGGCUCUCCAGGUAUUCUGCUCGAUGCCGACGGCGAAAGUGGUGCCUAGCAUUGUCAGCUACAAUGCUGCCAUCAAUGCCUUCGAAAAGGGCAGACAAUGGCAGUUGGCACUGCAGUUCUUCGUCUCGAUGUUGGAUGCUGGCCUGAGUCCGAACGUGAUCAGCUACUCUACCUCCAUCCACAGCUGUGCCCGGGGCGUGCUGUGGCAAUGCGCCGUGGGGCUUUUUGACUCCAUGCGGAGCACUCAGGUUGUCCCAAAUGUCAUCAGCUACAAUGCAACCAUCAGCUGUUGUGAAAAAAGCGGGCACUGGCAAGCAGCACUGGAGCUUUUCGCAUCUAUGCUGGAUACCCAGUGCACACCGGACAUCAUCAGCUACAGUGCCACGAUCAGCGCCUGCGAAAAGGGUGGACACUGGCAGACGGCUUUGCAACUCUUCAGAAAGCUCCGGAGUGCCAAGAUCACUCCGAACAUUGUCAGCUACAGCGCGGCCAUAAGCUGUUGCGAGAAAUUCGGGCAGUGGAGGCCGGCUAUGAUUCUCUUUGCUUCCAUGGGAGCAGAUUCCGUUGCCCCUGACGUCAUCAUCUACAGCGCCGCCAUAAGCUCUUGUGAGAAGGCGGGGCAGUGGCAGAGAGCUGUUCAGCUGCUGUGUGCCAUGCCAGCCGCUACUCUGGCUCCCAAUGUCGUCAGUUACAGUGCUGCCAUCAGUGCUUGCGAGAAGGGCGGAUGCUGGGAGUUGGCGCUGCAUUUAUUUGCAAGCAUGGCAACUGCUAGCAUUGAUUUGAACGUGGUCAGCUGCAGUGCCACGAUCAGUGCCUGUGAGAAGGGUGCCCAGUGGCAGCUUGCCUGUCAGAUCUUCCGUCGGAUGUGCAGCUCAGAGCUCGCGCCGAAUGUGGUCAGCUUCAAUGCUGCCAUCAGCUCCUGUGAGAAGGCCAGUCAUUGGACACGGGCGCUGCAUUUGUUCCAAUCCAUUCCGCAGUAUCACCUACGGGCGGAUAUCGUGAGCUACAACGCAGCCAUUGGUUCUUGCAGCCGCGCUCAGCUCUGGCAGCGAGCCCUGUGGUUGUUUCACAGCCUGCCGCAGGCUCUUCUUGACCCUUCCCUGGUGAGCUACAACACCACCCUCAGCUCUUGUGCGCCAGGGCAGCAGUGGGAGAUGGCAGUCGAGUUGUUUGCAUCUUUGCCUCGUGCUCGGUUAAUGCCGGACGAUGUCAGUUACAACGCGGUGCUGGAUUCCGUGCAUGACAAAAGUUGUGGGCCGCUGCUCUUCGAGGAAGCCUUGCAGGCAGGCAUCUACAACAACCUCUGCCGAGAAGGGAGUCGCGUACUGGACCUACAUGAACUUUCCGAAGGAUCUGCCUUGGUUGCAGUGCAUUGGUGGCUGCAGAAAGUGCUGCCACCACAGUUGCAGCCGCAGAAGCGCCAGACGUGCACCAUCAUCACUGGCUGGGGCAAGUCGCGACCCUCUUGGUCCAGCUCUGAUAUACAAGCCUCAGUCACCAAGCUGCUGCGGAGCCACGGGGUGAUCGUGGAAAGGCAGCAGACGAAUGCGGGGAGGCUCCUACUUCGGCUUAGCCUGCAAGAUUUACACGAAUUCCUGGCAACGAAAGGGAGGGGAAGAGGCGAAAAAGCAAGAGCGACGAGUUGA